CAAUGGAAGUUUGCUGUGCUUCUUCAAAUCGGAGCUGCUCCCUUUCCGGUUCUUGGGAGAGUAAAGUUUUUUGUAGCAUUUCUAUAGGAAUUCAGUGGUCUCUGAACAUUUAAUUUCAUUUAUUUUUAAAAAUAGGAUAUUACAGAUUAUUUUGUUACUUAUAAAAAAGUACUGCAAUAAGAAGAAGAAAAGGAUCAUCUAUGCUUAUUUUUCAACAUUUCCAUUGAUAAGACGCAUGUCUUCACAAUAAUUUAACUUUGCAAAAACAAUGAUAAAGACCUUUUAUUUCAGGGAAUGUUAAAAAGCAAUGGCUAAUUCAAUAAUAAGAUGUAAAUUUUAUUCCAUUUUAAUACUAAUAUUGUGCGCAAUACAACUAUCCACUGGAAAUAAGUGUGUUCAACAGGGCCCCUGUAUUUGUAAAUUUGAUGACUAUACAGAAAUCAAUCUAAAAGAUUUAAUUCCACCAAAAUCGGACAGUCCAUUUUUGACAGACACAAUUGGAAAUAACACUUACUUUUUUUCUGGUUGCAAGGAUCAGGAAUUUGAUGGAAAAAUAUAUAACAUCCAAAUUGCAAAUAAUUUAUUGGGAUCUCUAAUUAAAUGUGUUACAAUUGUCACGAAAACAGAAAAUAAAACGGAUAUCAGUUACAACUGUUCGGCUAUUGGUACGGACCUGCAUAUUCUCUUCGAAGAAUCUGAUAAAUCAAGUUACUACCAACUUGUUUAUAAUCAAACCAGAACGAAUAAUUUGCCAAGUGUGCAAUUGGUCUGUGUUCACUAUACUCCAAGUUAUUUAAAAGCUACCAGUACUGGAGAUGCGCUCAUUUUAUUUUCAGAACAGGCUUGCCUUAAAAGUGUAGGUAGUUCUGGAUUGAGCAUUGGCUCUAUUUUUCUGAUAUUGCUAUUUGUUUUUGGAGCUAUCUAUCUUGUUGGUGGGUGUUUAAUUAUGCAUUUUGUGCGUGGUGCUAGAGGAAUUGAAAUUAUACCAAAUAUUGACUUUUGGAGAUCAAUUCCGGGUCUUGUUAAAGACGGAACUGUGUUUGUGUUGAGUGGUUUUAGACCAACAGUGAUAUCUACUGCAGAAACCUAUGAUAGGAUAUGAUGUCAAUGUGCUGAACACCAUCAACAGUAAUUUGACAUCUGGGUCAGGGUCCUUGCAGUGGGUCUAACAAGGACUAUCCACAAUUUUUUAUAGUAUUAGGAUAUGAAAUCAAAAAUUAUAGCAGAUCAAGGGUUUUUAUUUAUUCUUUGGCUGCUGUUAUUGAAAGUCAAGUGCGUGAUGUAUAUUAUUGGACAGCCCUUAAAUCAUCAACGAAAAACUAUACUGUCGGGAUCUUGAAUAUUUGGCAAUAUGACUUUCUGAAAAUCCUCAAAGCCACGCCUGGUUUGUUUCCCUUUUAGGAUUUAUGAAGCGCAAAUAUGCAGAUUUGGGCAAAUGGUAUAACGCACAUGCCUGUUAUUAGUUUCAUGGAAUUGUAAUUGACGGUUUCAAAUAAAAAUAACGGACCACGAAGAUAUAGUGGUAAGAUCGUUGCUCCCUCUGGUGAUAAGCAACGAAUACUUGGUAGUCAUGCAGGCUUUCGUCCCCGCGUUUUUGGUUGUUGGUGGAUGCGCCGGAUCGCUCACACUGGACUUUAACUUUUAUUACGUGCGGCAGCACUUUCUUCUUGAUUUCCUCUCGGUUUGAAACAAUAUACAAGAACUCCAAUUGGUGUGAGUUGACUUGCAGCGGGCUUCGCACAACUCUUCAAUCCAGUCUAAUUCCACUGCCUAAUCUAAGAAC